AGCUGAGGAUGAUGGCAGAAGGCAGGUUCGCAAGCCUGCCCAGGAACAUGCAUGUUGGCAGGCAGUGCCCACUGGCCUCCUCCAUGGACCUGCUCAGCCUGCAGCCGUCUGUGGCCGACCUGCCCGCCGCCGGGGCGUACCAAGGAGUCUCCAUUCACGGUACUCUGCCCCGGAAGAAGAAAGGAGGAGCGGCCGUGCACUCGUGGGACCAGCCUGGCUACAUGGGGACCAUGCCACAGCCAGCCCGUCACCGUCUGCCUCCAUCUCCUCUCAUUCAUAACAUCAUUCAGGAGCACCAGCCUUUCCAGUUCACCGCUUACAGGGACGCCAACAGCAUGGACCCAGCCAUGGAGUACGUCAAGUUCUCCCGGGACAAGUACAUCAUGGAGGGCCCUCCGGAGAAGCUUCGCAAGGAGCUGGAAGAGGAGCUGAAGCUGGCCAGCGAGGAGCCCCGGAGUCAUGCCUGGUAUCACGGAGCCAUCCCCAGACAGGUGGCAGAGAACUUGGUUCAGAGAGACGGGGACUUCCUGAUCCGUGAUUCGUUGUCCAGCCCAGGGAACUAUGUGCUUACCUGCCAGUGGAAAAAUAGCCCACAACACUUCAAAAUCAACAAGAAGGUGGUGACCAUGAACGAAGCCUACUCGCGAGUGCAGUAUCUGUUUGAAAAAGAAGCUUUCGACAGUGUGCCUGCUCUGGUGAGGUACUACGUGGGGAACCGUGAGCCCGUGUCCGAGGUGGUGGGUGCCAUCAUCUUCCAGCCCAUAAAUCGGGCGCUGCCGCUGCGUUGCCUGGAAGAGAAGUACGGGGUGGGUUCUAUCCGGGUGGAGACGGGGCAUCACGAACGAAACGCUCAGAAUUCUAAGCGACUAAGCCUCAACAUCAUGAACGGACACAACCAGGAUCACACCCUCGGCCGUGGAAACCUCCUUAGCAACAAAGACAAAUGUGGGAGCCAGCCCGCGUGUCUGAAUCACGUUCAGGAGAGAAGACGACCCCUGAAAACUCACCAGUCGGAGAGUUUUCUUCCGCUCGGUUCCAGGCAGCAGCCCCAGACCCAGCCAAUGGAGCUGCAGUCCUGCCCAAAGUCACCCGUAUUCCGGACCGGAAGCGAGCCGGCUCUGAGCCCGACGGUCCCGCGCAGGAUGGCUUUUGAGAUCCAGGCUGGGGAGGCCAUCCGCGGUUCCGACAGCCAGCUUUGCCCUAAGCCACCCCCCAAGCCCAGCAAGAUCCCUUCCAUUAGGAUUCCGCGAUCUCCAUGCCUGCAGCCUCUCGUGCCACCUGCCACCCCACCAAAGCCUCAGAAACAGCGGCCCCCCCCCCAACAGCAGCAGUCCAGUCCGGAGUCGAGACACUGUGACCUGAGCCUCGGUAGUCCCGCAGAGCAGGAAAAACUUAUCAGCUCACAGCCCAAUGCUAACGGCUACGUGGAGCGUCUGAAGACAGAAGAAGAGAGUUGGAAAGGCAGCUGCAAACUAGACCGCAGCUCCUAUCACCACGCCAUCGAGGCCCUGGAGAACGGCAGCGACGAAGAGGAUGAGCCUGAGGACGUCCAAAGACUGGUGGACCUGGAAGAGUCCAAAAAGGAGCAGGACGGAGAAGAGCAUCCGCAAGACAAGACGGGAAGCUUCCAAAAACCCGUGUUUGAGAUGGUGUCCGCGUUCAGACCAGGAGAUACUCGGUUCAGACUCCUCCCCUCAGAGAACAAGCCACUGGAGAUGUCCGUGCUGAAGAGGGCCAAAGAGUUACUGCUCGGUCAGGACCACAAGUCCAUUGCUAAGCAUAUUCUUCUGGCGGACUGUCAGGUUGCCAGGAUACUUAAUGUUUCCGAAGAGAUGAAAGGUCAGAUGGGCGUGACCUCUGGCUUAGAGCUUGUGACGCUUCCUCAUGGUGCACAGCUGCGUCAGGACCUCAUAGAAAGGCACAGCACCAUGGCUAUCGGGGUGGCUGUAGACAUCCUGGGUUGCACAGGAAGCCUGGAGGAGAGGGCAGCCACGCUAAACCGCAUUAUCCUGGUAGCACUGGAGCUCAAAGACUCCAUGGGGGACCUUUAUGCAUUCUCCUCCAUAAUGAAAGCAUUGGACAUGCCUCAAAUCACGAGGUUAGACCACACCUGGACAACCUUACGGAGGAAAUACACACAGACAGCCAUCACGUACGAGAAGUCCCUGAAGCCAUUUUACAAAGGCCUAUAUGAAGGAACUGUGGAGCUCCCUAAGGGCAGUGCAAGCGUUCCAUUGUUGAUGCCCCUGCUCACGCUAAUGGAGCGACCAGCUGUGGUUUUCGAAGGCAUGGAACUCUGGGAAAAUAACGACCAGGGCUGUGAGAUCAUGCUUCGGCACCUGGAGGAGGCUCGAGCGGUAGCCCGAAACGCCGACGCCUACAGCUGCAACGCGCAGCGCACCCUGCAAGAUUUUAAACCAGAUGAAGACUUGCUGGAGAUCAUGAAGACCGACUUCCAGCUCCGGUUGUUAUGGGGCAGCCGAGGUGCGGCGGUCAACCAGACGGAACGAUACGACAAAUUCAAACUCAUCCUGACCGCACUGUCCAGAAAACUAGAACCUCCUGUCAAGCACACAGAACUCUAAAAAGACGGUCCGCCCCGACCUGGGGCGCAGGACGAGGGACCGUACCGAAGAAAUGAAAGACAUUUGACUGUUUUAAACGGAGACAAAAAAAAAAAUCACCUUAAACAGGGGUAAAAGAAGCCCCAGUUGAGCUAGAUUCUCUGGGAG